UUAACAUGGUAAUAAGAGCUGCCAUUGAAGUUGACCUAUUUGAGAUUAUAGCAAAAUCAACUACUCAAAAACUAUCUUCUUAUGAAAUUGCAUCUCAAAUUCCCACAAAAAACCCUAAUGCCUCACUUGUUCUUGAGAGGAUUCUAAGGUUUCUUGCUAGUCAAUCUUUUCUCACAUGCAACAUUACAAAAAAUGAUGAUGGAAAUAUUCACACAUCAUAUAGUUUGACUCCAUUAAGCCAAAGUUUAAUCUCAGAUAAAGAUGGAUCAUCAAUUGUUCCCUUAUUACUACUGAAUACUGGUCCAGUAGGUGUUAAUGCUUGUUUUCAUUUGAAAGAUGCAAUAUUAGAGGGUGAAAUACCAUUCAACAAAGCUCAUGGAGUGCAUGCAUUUGAAUACAAUGGAAAAGAUAGUAGAAUGAAUGAGGUAUUCAACAAAGCUAUGCAAAAUGUCACUUGCAUUGAAAUGAAGAGAAUUGUUGAGUGUUACAAUGGGUUCAAAGGAGUAAAAGAGAUAAUAGAUGUGGGAGGUGGACUUGGAAUAUCAUUAACUUUUAUAAUUUCUAAGUAUCCUAAUAUCAAGGGUACUAAUUUUGACCUACCUUUUGUCAUCAAAGAUGCCCCUACUUAUGAAGGCAUAGAGCAUGUUGGAGGAGACAUGUUGAAGAGUGUUCCUCAAGGGGAGCUAAUCAUUCUGAAGGGAAUACUUCAUAAUUGGGAUGAUGACGAUUGCGUGAAAAUAUUGAAGAAUUGUUGGAGAGCAUUGCCAAAAGAUGGUAAAGUAGUUGUAAUUGAACAAAUACAGCCAGAAUAUCCAGAGACUAAUCUUCUCUCUAAGCAUUCAUUUAGUUUUGAUAUAUCAAUGAUGAUUAUAUUUCAUGGAGGCAAAGAAAGAACAAAACAACAAUUUGAUGAUUUGGCUAAACAAGCUGGAUUUACAUCUCUCAAAGUUGUGGCUCGAGCAUAUUAUUCUUGGGUCAUGGAAUUCUACAAGUAUUAAUUACCUAUACUUUAAUUAAUUUCUACUACAAUAACACUCUUUUUGUUCUAAUUUAUGUGACACUGUUCGAAUUUUGAGAGUUAAACUUUUUAAUUUGAUCAUGAAUUCGGACAUAUAUAGAUAUUUGGAAACUAUAUAUGUAAGAAUCGUCAUCAAAA